CAGAACACUUUAAAUUUGCUUAGUCAUCCCUCCCGCCAUCAUGGAUCUGACUUUUUUGUUGGCAAUAUUUGUCCUAUUUGGACCUUCGGAACAGUUUAUUUUCUUCGGGAGCGGUAACCCACUUGAAUCUUUCAAUGUGGACCAGACUAAAAUUUCCGUUUCCGGAAUUUCUUCGGGGGCUGCCAUGGCAACCCAGAUGCACGUGAUCUUUUCCCGAGACAUAAUGGGUGUAGGAUUAAUAGCUGGAGUACCGUUCGCAUGCGCGGGAUCGGUGGGUUCCUCUCUGAGCUGCAUGAGUGCCCCAAACCUGGUAUCCCCUGCGCAGCUGGAGGCGACAACUUCCGCUGGUGCUCUGGUGGGCAACAUUGAUGCCACCUCCCAUAUGAGCCACGACAGAGUGUACAUAUACAACGGCAAACUGGACUCCGUCAUCAAUCCUGGCAUCGGACAAAAGAUAGCAGACUUUUAUGGCCACUUUGUAAAUCCGAGCAGUAACAUCAAAACCGUCUUCAACGUCAGUUCUGAACACGGGCAGAUUACAGACAACUUUGGUGGAGCGUGCGGCCAACUGCAGUCAUCGAAUUUCAUCAACAACUGUGGCUAUAAUGCUGCAUAUGACCUGCUCAACCACAUAUAUGGCGGGCAGCUGCAGAAACCUACAGCUCAGACACAGCAAAGGGGAAUGCUCAAGAGUUUCAGCCAAUCAGAUUUCUUCUACGUAUCAACCCCCUCAAUGUACAGUAUGGCCAACGAUGGCUAUGUGUAUGUACCUUCUGGAUGCGCGAGCAAAACAAAGAAAUGCAAGCUCCAUGUGGCAUUCCAUGGCUGCGCAAUGUACCAUGACCGUAUCGCGGAUGCCUAUGUUCGUCACGGAGGCUACAACGAGGUGGCGGAACUGAAUGACAUCAUCAUCCUUUACCCUCAGACCAUAAAGUCCGCCACCAACCCACAGGGCUGCUGGGAUUGGUUUGGAUAUACAGGAACAUUGUUCGCUACCAACAACGGUUUCCAACCAACAGCACUGAAGCGGAUGAUUGACAAAGCGGCUUCGAUCGCGUAGAAAAUUUCGAGGGCAGCAUUAGUCUCCAAAAACUAAUUAAUUAUUCUCCAAAACCGUUUAAUAUUUUACACACAAGCAAAAUUUACGUAUGUGCCAACUAAUUUCGGUUGAUUCCUUAAAAAAUCCGGUUUUCUUGUGAGUCGAUGAUAAAAUAAUAAUAAACAACUUAAACAAUCACACCAUCUGACUGAAUCUGCCAAUAUCGUGCUAGUUUGUAAAAAAGUAUUUGUUAAUAAAUAUGUUUUGAAGAGAAA